AACACAGUUCAAUGCUCAUACUGGCUCAUACAUAUAAUUCACCAUGACAAACAUGCCCGUAGACCUGUCUACAGUUUCUUGAGAUAAUUACAAUUAAAUAAAUUACAUAUCUUCUUGUAUGAAUCAAACCAGUGUACAUAUUUCUCUUGAGACGAACCCACGUUUUAUCUCGCGAUGACUGUCAUAGUUGAAGACAAAAAUGGUACUUACUCUUACGAUGAAGCUGUCGAACUUACUGGUCAUGGGCGCUACAACUACCUGAUGCUGCUAGCAUGCAGUGUCUCCACCAUUGGCGUCGCCAUGGACAUGUUCGGUUUCAGCGUGGUGGUGGCCGCCGCCAGCUGCGACCUCCAACUGACCUUGGCUAUCUCCGGCCUGCUCAACUCCGUGCCGCUUGCUGGUAUAAUAUUCGCGUACCCUUGGGGCUACUAUGCGGAUACACGCGGGCGGCGGCGUGCGCUGCUGCUGUCUUCAUCUGUAGGGUUCGUGUUAGCCGUGCUCACCAGCCUGGCGCCGUCCUGGCAGGCCAUGCUGGUGUUGAAACUCAUUGGCUGCAUCUUCUCAACAGCAGCGUACACACUAACAAUGACGUACCUGGGCGAGUGUACGGGCAGCGUGCGCAGGCGCCGGUACCUAUUCGUCAUGAACAGCUUCAACCUGCUGGCCGACUUCAUCUUUUACUUUUUAGCGUACCUGAUCCUGCCGCUGACCUUCUCCAUCGCGAUCCCCUGGCUGGGCAUCUCGCUCCGACCUUGGAGGGUGUACUCUCUCAUACUUGCGGCACCGCUGGGGCUCGGAGCUGUGAUGCUGCUGAUGCUACGGGAGAGCCCUAAACUGCUCGCCAGUAGGGGAAGGAUGGAAGAAGCUUUGGAUGUCUUGAGGAAGAUGUAUGAGUGGAACGGUGGCAAUAAGGACGAUUAUCCUGUGAAAGUCCUGUCUAUGGAGAACGUCCAGCAGUCGUCUGGUGAGAAUUUGUGGCGAUCCGUCGUCAGCCAGACGGUGCCUCUCUUCAAACCUCCGCUGCUCUGGCGGACCAUGCAGCUGUUCUACCUAUUUGCCAUCUGCACUUCCACCAACAAUGUGUUCCUCCUGUGGUAUCCGAUGAUCGUCAACCUGUUCUUCAACUCCCACGCCAGCGGCGCUGCGGUGGAAGACCAGAGCUUCUGCCAGAGAGUCGUCGCCAAUAUAUCCACUUCUAUCGAGGAUGACAAUUACGUCUGCGACGACACGAUAUCCCUGUCAACGAUGUACGCAGGUAUGCUGUUGGGUGUGGUCUUCGCUCUCAUGAACCUUGCUGCUUCCGCCGUUGCUGCUUAUAGGAAGCUGGUGCUAAUGGUCAUCUUCCUGAUAUCAACGGUCUGUCUGGCCCUGGUGGAGCUGCUCAGAGAGCCUGUCAGCAAUAUGGUAGCGUUCACCAUGGUGCAGUGUACUGCUGUUGGGGUAUCCAGUGUCGCGUCAUACUUCGUGGAUCUGUAUCCCACUGCUUACAGAGGGCUGGGCACGAGCCUGGGCAUCAUGUUCGGACGACUGAUCGCCCUGGGCGGGGUCAACUUAGUCGGAGCCAUCAUUAUUGACCACUGCACGGCCACUUUUUACUCCUGGAUGGUCUUUGUUGCUAGUGGUAUCGUGGUAGCUCUAUUUCUACCAAAAGACUCGAAACAAUACAAAUAGAAUUAAAUAACUUCAAAUAAGUGUACUUAAGUGUAUUUAAUAAGUCUACUUUAUAAGUGUAGUUUAUUGUAUAAGUGUAGAUUUAAGAAUCAUGUUAGGUACUAAGUAUGUGUUGUUUUUAUUAUGUGUUUUGUUUGAUUGUAAGUUGUGUGUUACUCCGUGUUUUAAAUUAUAUAUUUGUUUUGUAUUUGUU